GGGCCUCACACCUUCACCGGGGUCAAAUUUCUUGGCCAAAUCAGAGCAACCUCUUCGGGAAACAAGAAAGAAACACAAGUGGACCCCAGCACUUCGAGAUUUGUCCUCUGGAUUUAUAUACUUUUUACGGCCUAUUUCGCCUCGGCUGAAAUCGCUUUCAGAAUGACGACAAUGCAAAAGUUUGUGGAUUCGCUUUGCUUGACCUAUUAACGCAUUUGGGGGGAUACACAUUAAAGUAUUGAAUGAGCUCUGCUGGCUGCAGAUCUCCGAGCAGAGACCGUUUUGGGGCAGCACCGGAGAGAGACGGAGGGCGACAGAAAACAAGACAACGACCACAUUUGUUAUCAACAUGAACCUCAUCGGGGGCUACCAGCAUCACCACCACCUGAUGCACGAGCCCUUCCCUUUCGUCCAGCGGUGUCACCAGGAUGCACCCUAUUUCCAGAGCUGGGUGGUAAACCACGGCGAGAUGCCCCCGGACUUCCAGAUCCAGGCGCCGUACCCGACUGCAGAGCACGGAGCGCCCGGUGCGCCGCACGACGCCCGGCUGGAGGGGCUCCAGGCGGGGAUGGGGAAGAGGAGAACGUCGGGGCCGAAAAAGGAGCGCCGGCGGACGGAGAGCAUUAACACAGCUUUCGCAGAGCUGAGGGAGUGUAUCCCCAACGUGCCGGCAGACACAAAACUGUCUAAAAUUAAAACUUUACGCCUAGCGACCAGUUACAUCGCCUACCUGAUGGACGUCCUGGCCAAAGACACCGGGGAGACGGAGGGCUUUAAGGCCGAAAUUAAGAAAUUUGAAAACCGGGAUCUGAAAAGGAAGCGAGAGCCGACUGACGGCCUGCAGGAGUCUUUAGGAGCCGAGAAGAAGGUGAAGGGCCGGACCGGGUGGCCGCAGCAGGUCUGGGCUCUGGAACUCAACCAGUGACGCCCCCUCCCUCCUCCUUCACCCCCUAAAAACCUGCUCCGAGACUCUGGAUUCAAAUCAGAUAAAAACCACUGACUGACUGAACCUAAACACACCGCUGUGCACGUGCAAUGAUGCGCAAAACGAGAGAGAAUUAAAGGACAACACGCAAACAAGGUGGGAGGAAAACACCACGAUGGACACUGUGUUGAUCUUCUCUGCUGGUGUGCUUUCUAAAUCGACACACAGAUCUGACUGUAGCUGUUUGAUAUUUGUGGUAUUUCUGCCCUUUGAUGUUUCCACCCUCCGAUACUGUAGACCAGAUGUUGCCACAGUGUCAAAAACAUCUGUCUCCCCUAAAAAUGUGUUUUUGUCUGGCGACAAGUGGUGGUGUUUUCCACAUUUGAUGGUGCUGGAGCAGAAAAUAAAUCAAUUAUAACAAAUGAGUGGAGUACAUGUAGAGUAUGUGGUGUGGUCUGUUAGGAAGAGGUGUACAAAAUAUUAUUUUUUUAAAAAACUCUUUUUAUUUUUUUUAAUUUCUGCUCACAUAACUGAGUUUUUUGUGUGUUGUCAGCGUGCUGUAAAUUGGUUUCACGUCACUGGGAAAUUAAAUUAUGACGAAUACCUUUUUUGCAUUAAUCGUGAUAUUUUUAAAAUUGAUUGUAUUACUCAGUAAUGGUUAUUAUUUCGUACAUUUUUAGCAACACAACUUUUAGAAAACAUGACAUCGUGCAUGCAUGGUGGCGUGGUGUUUAAUCAAAAAUCUAUAUUUUCAUUUUAAAACAUACAUUAAACAACCAAUGCACCAGACACCUUUUUUUAAACUUGGCAGACCUCUGUGUAAUUUAAUAGCAUGCAAAAACCAAAAUGAAAUAAAAUACAAAUUAAUCUAGAAAUAUUUUCUGUCCACAGUGGGAAGCCGAGAGAAAACACAUUUUGAGGGGAAACUUCUUUAGUUUUCGUUAUCACUGGUUCAACCCACUGAAUUCGGCGCAGUCAGAAUAUUUAAAUAUAUUAUUAAAAAAACAUUUUCGGUCAGAUAUUUUACAAAAGAUUUUAAAGAGUCUAAUGGAGUCAGCCGUUGAUGUUUCUUGUAGAAAAUUAUUGAAUGAACUGAAUCUACCUCAAAAUUAAGGUCACUGUCCGUUCAGACACACCGAAUGUUUCCGUUAACGCACAGCUUUCACUCCGAUAUGUUUAACACUAAAACUAAAAUGAAUAAAAUGUUUAUUAGUGAACGAAAUUUUUGAUGGAAAUGUACAUGUGAAGUUAUAAAUAUAGUUCCGUAAAUAAAUUAAUUAUUUUACGUCGCUCCAGCUGUAGUGAACAUGUUUGUUUCUUAUUAAACGGUUUGGUAAUGUGUUAUCAAGCAGACAUUAAACCUCAAUAAUCAGG